AAUGCAGAAGUUGUUAUAUAUAAGAGAAAAACAAAGAGAAACACAGUCAAAUGUUGCUCAACCUGUAGCCUGACUUGUUGACAACUCAUUUGGAAUCAUGGCAGAAUUCAGCUUCAACGUCGACCAUGGAUAUCUGGAGGGUCUAGUUCGAGGGAUGAAGGCUGGGAUCCUGACUCAGACUGAUUAUAACAACCUGGCCCAGUGUGAUACGCUCGACGACAUGAAGCUACACCUGCAGAGUACAGACUACGGGAAGUUGUUGUCUUCGUCUGAUGAAAACCUGACAGUGUCUCUGGUGGACCACAAGCUGAGGGAGAACCUGGUGACUGAGUUCAGCUGCCUGCGCUCCAACGCCCUGCCGUUUCUCUCCACCUUCCUCGACUAUAUAACUUACAGCUACAUGAUCGACAACGUGGUGAUGCUGAUCACCGGGGCCCUGAAACAGAGAGACGUGUCCGAGCUCCUCCCGCGCUGUCACCCCCUGGGGGCCUUCGAACAAAUGGCAGCAGUGGGCAUCGCCCGAACCCCGACUGAGCUCUACACCGCCAUUCUGGUGGACACACCACUAGCUCAGUUUUUCCAGGAUGCUGUAUCUGAGUCCAACCUGGAUGAAAUGGAGGCUGAGAUCCUGAGAAACAAACUGUACAAGGCGUAUUUAGAGUCUUUCCACUCACUCUGCAAAACGAUAGGCGGAGCCACGAAGGAAACAAUGUGUCCUGUCCUGGAGUUUGAGGCGGACAGGCGGGCCUUCAUCAUCACAGUGAACUCUUUCGGGACAGAUCUGAGUGGCGCUGACAGGAGCGCUCUGUAUCCGUCCUGUGGUAAACUCCACCCUGAGGGGCUGCAGCUGCUGGCCAAGGCGGAACACCACGAGCAGGUCAAAGCUGUGGCCGACUGUUACCCUGACUAUAAAAUCAUUUUUGAUGACCCUGUGCCAGGAUCAGAUUUUAAGACUCUGGAGGACAGGUUCUUUGAACGAGAGGUUAAACUGAACACACUUGCGUUCCUGCAGCAGUUCCACUUUGGAGUGUUUUACGCCUACAUCAGACUGAAGGAGCAGGAGAGUCGCAACAUUGUCUGGAUCGCCGAGUGUGUCACCCAGAGACAGAAGUCCAAGAUACACAACUACAUACCCAUCUUCCAGGGCACAAAUUGAACUGAGCGACAGAAACAAAUAAAAACAUGUAUUCAACAUACAGGGCAUAUUAUAAAGAAUUGAUAAAUGCACAUCAUCAUACUGAAAAUAAUAUUUGUCAAUGUCUUUGUGAUCAAAGUUCGGUUGUUAGGAUUAGUUACUGAGUUUAACUAUAGCAAAUAUCUUCAGGGUUUGUUUGUUUGCUACAGUGAUUAUUAAAAAUCUGAUUGUUAUAGAUAGAUUGCUCAACGUCACAUAAUUUAGACAGGAAAAAAGUGUACAUUACAGGAUUUAAAAUAUUGUGAAACUAAACAAUAGGGUACAACAUUGUAUGAUAAAAAAAUAUAUAAUUAAUGUAACAUAACCAGUGGUCUAUAGCAGUUUUGCUUAAGCAGCUAACGGUGUGGUAAAUCACUCAUCCUUGCUUCUCAAAGGCCUUCAUACUUUCACUGAAACAGAAGAAAUACAAGAAAUUAGAAAAAUGUCAAAAUCGUUCCUCUUUUUUUUUGGAGAAAUAUAAACAUGAGAGUACAGUUUCA